UUAGCUAUUGGCUUUUGAAAGUGUGCGCCAAUCAUUCCCAAAAUAUGAAUUUCGGUGCAGAUUACUGUAGCUUGGGUUGAUUGAUACGUCACAAUAAAUGUGACGUCAUAAAGGCGUAUCAUUAUGAUUCCCUGCUGUUGUUGGAUACAAUCACAAAUUACAUGGGUAUUUUCCAAAGCUGUCUAGCAAGAAAUAAUAAGGUUGGGGUGAUGGGAAAGGAGGAAGCUGAGGAGUACGAGAAGGUGAUUCGUACAAUGGUCACCGAAGAAGUGACGGAGAAGAAGGGGGGAGUAGCAUUUGGCUUGUCCUUCAUCUCAGAGGAGGGGACACCGAAACCAGUGCCGAGCAGACUGACGUGUGGCGACAAAGAGGAGGACUUUGAGAAAUGGAGAGAAAAUCAAGAGAAGGUUCAGUCAGAAAAACAAGACCGUGCACAACAGAGAAGAGAAGAAGCUCUCGUGCAGAAGAAAAUAGAAAAUGCCCACAAGGAAACAGAGAGGCUGGAGAAAUAUGUGAACGCCGCUGAUGGCUAGAUGUGAACACUGCGAAAACUGCGUUGAAGUUUUGUUUGAGAUUACGGACACGUAAAUGUUGAUAAUAUCAAGUUGAUAUUUUGGUGAAGUAUUCUUUGCCAAACACUUUCGAACUAAUUAAGGAGGGACAUCCGAUUUUUCCCACAUGCGAUUUCAAAUGACUCACUGCCCAUUGCCCGUAAUUGUUUCCCUCUUAAAUAGAUAUCAUUUUGAACACUUUUUCUCAAAAUUCUACUUAUUUUGGUUUUAAUUUUACAAUUAUCUCUUGUAAAGAGACAAGCGAGGAGUUUCCGAGGUAUGGUCUAUCGAACAUCCGGAAAUGCACACUCCACUGUUAUAUCGAGAAGUAUCCCUUUUUAACACGAUGUAAAAUAUCCACAUACAUCAAUCAGGAGAAAUCUGAAUACAACCCUGUCUGUAUUUUCUACACUGUGU